AGAUUUUUGCAAUGUUCUUUCGACCAGAGCAUUUACAGUUCGUGAAUACAUUUUAACAUCAUCUUCUCUUCUGUUCGCAUAUCCCAUCUUAAAACAUCCCAGACUCAACUCAAGGGUACCAAAGCUGUUUUCUAGUUCUGUUGGAAACAUGCCAAAGAAAAAGCAACAUCUGGGGUAUUUUCUUUAUGUAGGAUAGGUUGCACACGAACAUUGAGUGAAGAUGGAGGCAGCUGCAAACAAUAGUAUCAAUUUGGCAAAAGACGAGGUCCUGACAGCUUCGAUCAGUUCUGAAGAUUCCGAUAGUUGGACAUUGCUCGGAAAGAAUGCAGAUCAACUUGACAAAGAACCUAGUGGCGUGGAGAUCGUUAAAACGGAAAGGGGAGGAAUAGUGACAGAAUAUGCUGAGCGGAAACAACGGCACGAUAGCCACCAGAGCAACGAUUCUCAACUUGAUGAAUCUUCUGACGGAAUCAGUAUCAUAAGUGAGACCGAUACGACCUGUUGCGAAAAAUUAUUGUUAACUGAUGACCUGAAUGAUGAGUGCGUUAUAGGCUCAGUUCAUUUUAAGGAGAAGAUCAGUUUAAAACCGGCUAAUUAUGAACCACCAACACCACCGUUCACACCAGAAGAGGUGAAAUUACAUGAAGAAGCUAAAGUUAUUGAAAACCUACUUCAGGUACAGUCUACAAGUAACGAAGAUUCACUCGAAACGAUUGAAUCCGUUGUAGGACAUCGCCAACUAGUUACAGUAAAUUUCUCCAGUUGGAUUAUAUUCAGUGUACUUGCUACUGGCAUGGCAGCUAUCAUUCUUGGUAACGCAAUGCGCCUGCAAAAUCGAGUGGACGAAAUUAACUUUGAACAUGAAAAGCGCAUUUCUGAAUUGGAAUUGGAGAACAACAUACUUAAGAAUGAAAUGAAUAAAUUGCGCCAUCUCUAUACCCGCUCGGAGUUGGACGAACAAGUUCAGCGGGCUGAAUUUGAGUGGCUGGAAACGUUUAACCAACAACAUGCAGAAGAACCAGCAGAAAUUGACCAACCGGAGGCACCAGCAGCACAGCAACCAACUAUUCGCAAAGUCCCACCGCAGGACUCUGGCGUCAAAAGGAAGAUAGUCUGGUCAGGAGAUGAAGAAGAACCGAUGCUGAUUGUAGACAAAGAUUACAUUUUGCCUGCAUUUUGUUACAACAGAGAUCAAGCAGUGCAAGACGAUCUUUUCUUUGAAUACAGUGCGAAAUAUUGUGAUGUGAGAAAACGCAAAAUUGAAGCUAAACAGAAAAAAGCAGAAUUCGAAGCGAAGCGUCAGCCAAAGAAAGAGAAUUAUAACAAAUUCAUCGAACAGGUGCCUACGGAAUCAGUAGAAGACCGUGCUUCAUUUGACCCCAGUAGACUGGUCUCACCUUUUAAUAUAGACUACAAAAAGGCUUUGGAUGCUAUUAAAUCGGAAGGAAGCGUUAUUGUAGAAGCUUUUGGAAACAUUUUCGAUUUGUCACCAGAUCCGGAAGAAAUGUUCAAAUCCAAAUUAGUUGACACUUCGAUACCGAUAGAAGAGGCACCCCCUUUGAGGGAAAACCAAAUUCAGAACGAACCCGAUGGCCAGACUUCUGACCAACGGGUGGAACAGGAAAAUAGUGAAGAAAACUUUCAUAAGAACGGAAAGAAAGUUCAUCAAAGCGAUUGGGAAGUAGACGAUAGUCAUCAUAAAAAAAAUAGAAAGGAAAGUCAGUUUCUUCGUCAGAAGUCAGAGAAGUUUCAGAUGAAUUCGCAGAAACACUCUCGAAGUGAAGGUGCCAAUAAUGGUGAUAUCAAUUAUGAAAGGGAAGAUGCUCAUCAUAAAUUACAUUUUGACGCACGUUAUAAGCAAUACGAUGGUAAGUUCAACGGUGUACCCCUUGAGGGUAGUGGCAAACGACAAAAACAAGAUCAUUCUGGUGCAGGUUCCCCUGAAUAUGAUCAAAAAUUCAACGGUCACCAAGAAAGUAGUGGAAAACGGCAAAAAGCAUAUCAUUCUGGUGAAGAUUCCCCUAAACAUCACAAAAAGCAUUACGAUCAACAGAAGCACGGUGAAUGGACUGAGAAACGAUACCAAGGAAAGGAAGAGUAUCGUCAGAAAGGUGAACAGAAGGAUGGUGAAUGGCAUGAUAAGCGAUACAAGGGAAGGGAAGAGUAUCGCCGGAAAGACGAACAGCAGCCAAGAGAGUGGCAUUAUAAAAGAUACAAGGGAAGGGAAGCUUAUCGUCAAAACAGCGAACAAAACAGCGGAGAAUGGCAUAACCAGCGGCACAAGGGAAGAGAAGAAUACCGCCAGUACGGCGACAGGCGUGGAGAAAGGAAAGGAUCUGAAGGAAAUAUAUAAAAUCGGAAACGAGACAAGCUAACUGGCACUGGCAUUUUAGUGUAAGAAACCUUUAACUACUUCCUUUAAAGUAUAAAAAGGUCCUAUGAUGUUUUUUACACCUUUUCCUAUCCACAAUAAAAAUACAAAAUAUGUGAUAUGAUUCA